AUGCCCCCUCGUCGACAAGCUGCACCGGAAGGAAGCAUGCCUCCUCCCAGCCGACCGUGCAGUCCAGGUGGUGAAGAAAUCGAAGAGGGCAUAAACGUACAAGACAUCUUAAAACUCAAGAGUGCCUCCAUCAAUACUGUGUCUGGUGUAGUGAUGACCACGCGUCGUCAGCUACUGAAAAUCAAGGGUAUGUCGGAAGCGAAGGUUGAGAAGAUUAAGGAGGCAGCACAGAAGAUCACGGGGUCUUCCUUUGCAACUGGUAUUGAAGUCCAGGAUCGACGAAAACGCGUCCUUACCAUCAGUACUGGAAGCAAGUCAGUAGACACGAUUUUGGGUGUUUAUGGCGAAUUUCGCACUGGGAAAACACAACUGGCCCACACGAUGUCUGUUGUCACUCAACUCCCUCAAGAGAUGGGUGGAGCUUCCGGCAAGGUCGCAUAUAUCGAUACCGAGGGAACAUUCCGGCCGGACCGCAUCAGAUCCAUCGCUGAGCGAUUUGGUGUAGAUGGGAAUAUGGCGCUCGAGAAUAUUCUUUACGCGCGUGCCUUCAAUAGUGAACACCAGAUGGAGCUCAUCAGCGAGUGUUCCAUGCGUUUUGCGGAGGACAAGGACUUCCGUCUUUUAAUCGUGGACUCCAUUAUGGCCCUCUUUCGCGUAGAUUUUUCUGGUCGUGGCGAACUCAGUGAAAGGCAACAGAAGGCAGCUGACCCUGGAGCAACGAUGACGUUCGUGGCUGGCGGAGCUCUCAAGCCCAUCGGCGGACAUAUUUUAUCGCACUCCUCAGCUACUCGGAUGUUCCUUCGCAAAGGACGGGCUGAAGAACGUGUCGCGAAGCUGGUGGAUAGUCCCGACCGCCCUGAAAGCGAGGCCUCAUACAAGCUGGACGAAGGCGGAUGGACCGAUGUGUGA